GAUAUGCAUAUAUGUAUAAUUAUGUACUUGAGUAGGAGCGAAAAAGAGGGAGAAAAAAAAUGCAAGAUAAUUAUACAAACGAAAGUUGCAAACUCAUAAUAUUACUUGAAGCCUCAGUUAAUAGUUCACGAUACGAAAACGGUUAAGAAGAAAGAUAAGAUAGUACUAAUUACAUAAGUCACGUUGAGUUAACACGCUAGACAACAGUGCAUAACCUCUCUAUUAACACGGACAAUAGCAAAACUGACGAUUUUUGUGUCUACAACACACUGCAAUUUUACAAGAUUUCAGUUUUACAAGUGAAAGUACAAUGUCGACUGCUGAGAAAUUGAUAAUGGAUUUGCCGAGUGGACCAUUGGAUGUUUAUAGAAAACGAGCGACAUUUGAUUGGAAAUCGUUCAAAUUGGCUCUGGAGGGAGAAGAUGACAUACGAUUUCAGAAAAAACUAUGGGGACUUGUCAAGACACAUCCAGCAUUCCAAAGGUCAACACGACAAUUAACUUUGGAUGAACUUCGACAACGCUGCAAUGCUCAAAUACAAGCUCUUUAUACGAACGACCUAGAUCCAGUGCAUGGUCGCAAAAAUUUUCUUUAUGUCGUCCAACUUGAUGGGUCUUUGUCAGUAAAAAUGGGUGUUUUAUAUGGCAUGGUACCAAAUACAUUAUUAGUACUGGGUACCGAGCAACAUCAUCAAAUGGUAGCAGAAUUUGGCAUUCAAAAUUAUAUUGGCUGUUUUGCUCUGACUGAAAUUUCCCACGGGACCAAUGCAAAAGGCAUGCGGACCACAGCAACAUAUGAUAUAGCGACAAGAAGUUUUAUUCUUCAUACACCUGAUUUUGAAGCUGCAAAAUGCUGGUCGGGUGGUUUAGGGAAAAGUUCUACACACGCUCUCAUAUUUGCACAACUAAUUACACCAGACGGAGUAAAUCACGGUCUGCACCCUUUUAUCGUGCCAAUCCGCAACCCCAGUACUCAUCUGCCUUUCCUCGGUGUCACUGUUGGCGAUAUGGGUGAAAAGAUAGGACUUAAUGGAGUGGACAAUGGAUUUCUCAUUUUCAACAAGUAUUCCGUAUCGCACUCCUGUUUGUUAAAUCGCACAGCGGAUGUUACAGAAGAUGGGAAGUAUGUGCUUGCCUUGAAGGACGAAAGAAAAAGAUUUGGGUCAUCGUUGGGUGCAUUGUCAAGAGGCCGUGUCACAAUUACCGUAAUGUGCGCGCAUUACAUGACGCUUGCGCUGACGAUCGCCAUACGUUACUGUUCGGUUAGGAAACAAUUUGGCCCCACGGAAGAGAAUGAAUUGCCAGUUAUAGAAUACCAGUCUCAACAAUGGCGACUCUUUCCUCAUUUGGCCGAGAUGUACGCCAUAAAGAUAUUUUCGAAUCAUUUCUGUAAUAUAAUAAUGGAACUUGACAAUAAUACGUUGGAGGAAAAUGAAAACUCUAAUGCCGAUGCAGGAAUGGAGAUUCACGCGCUGUCUUCGGCGACGAAACCGUUAUGCUCGUGGAUUGCUCGCGAUGCAAUUCAGGACUGCAGAGAAUCCUGUGGCGGUCACGGAUACUUAAAAAUGUCGCGCUUGGGCGACAUAAGAGCAGAAAACGAUGCUAACUGCACAUACGAGGGUGAAAACAAUGUCCUCAUUCAACAAGCGAGUAAUUGGUUGUUGAGCCAAUGGGCUAAUGUGAUCAACGGCCGAUUCGUAUCAUCCCCGCUCGGUUCCGUGGAUUUUCUCAAUGACGCUGAACGAAUACUUAAUACCAAAUUUAAUCAAAUUACAAUGCAGGAUACAUUGAGACCUGAGAAUCUGAUGCUGGCGUUGAGAUGGCUGGUAUGCUAUUACUUGAAGAAGACGUACCAGCGUGUGGAAGUCUUGAAAUCGAACAACGCGUCUGAUUUUGACGCAAAGAACAAUUCCCAGUCAUUUUUGGCACGGACCUUAUCCCUUGUAUAUGGAGAACACUUUCUAAUGGCAUAUUUUAUUAAAUAUUUGCAAGAUCCAAAGUGGAAAGCGAAUGAACGCAAAGUAUUAAUAGAGUUAUGUACUCUAUUCGGAGCUGUAACGUUGGAAAAGAGAGUUGGGGAUUUAUACGAGGGUGGUUAUGUUUUUCCUAACAGCAACAUAACUAGCUUCUUGCGAGAAGGAAUUAUAAUACUGUGCAAAAGCUUGGUCGAUAAUGCGGUUGCGCUGACUGACGCCGUGGCACCGCCGGACUUUGUUAUCAAUUCUCCUCUAGGAAUGUCCGAUGGCGAGGUAUACGAGCAUAUGAGAAAGUGGUUCUUCGAGAAUAAAGAGAACUUUGAACGUGCAUCUUGGUGGAAUGAACUUCGACCCAAGUUGUAAAUAGAGUAUAAAUAUUGCAGUUAUGAAGAAGCUGAAGAUUAUUCUCGUCUGUGGGUGAGGUGAUACCUCUUGUCUGUAGGUUUUAGGUUGGAAUAAUUUCGAGAUAUAUAAACAAAUGUACGAUAUUACAUACAAGUUCGUAUCAUUCGGUUUACAGGGCUGUGUAAAUGGAUAAUAGAGAAACAUUCUUAAAAUGUUUUGAAAAAAUACCAAACAUUUUAUUAUAUAAACUGUUUCGAUGCCUCGAUAUUAACUAGUAUAGUUUGAAUAUUAUUGGAUUCAUAAUGCAAUAUUAUAUUCACUAAUACUAAUUGUUAUAUUUUUCUACUUUUAAAGUUUUUAUAUUUGAAAAGGCGUGCAUUUUUAUAUAUACAUUAUUACGAAGCUUUCUAGA